AUGAUUCAGACCCCAAAGAGAGCAAGCAUACCUUCUGCUCCAACUCCUUUUAGUCAUCCAAAAUCUUCAACUGCUACUUUACCUCCAUUAUCAUCGAUUUUAAAUAAUACAUCUACUUCUUCAAGUCCUACUACUUCAACUCCUUAUUUAAAAACUAAAUUACCUUCCAUUGAUUCUUUUACUUCAACGCCUUUAAGUUCAAAAUAUUUAUCAACUAAUUCUAAAUAUUAUUUACCUCCAACUUUACCAACUCCAACCACUAUCAAUCGUAAUAAAAGUUUACCAAUUGAUAUCCCUUCUCAUAUUGAAUCAAAUCAAAGGGAAAUCAUUAAUUUAAGUAGAAAUUCUUCAACUACUGCUAUUUCAUCUUCAUCAUCUACUGCUUCAACUACUUCUUCAUCUCAUACAAGUCCAACUACUGCUUUUAUAACUCCAACUAUUACUAAACAUAAUAGUUUCUCAAAUCAUCAUACUACAACUAAUAAUUCCAUUGACAAGUCAUAUGCAUUCAUUUCUCAUUCUCCUGCAACUUACCCUCUGCAAGAACCAUCAAUUGAUAAUGCUCCCUUGGCUAGAAGAAAAAGAAGAAGAACUUCUCCUAAUGAAUUAUCAAUUUUAAAUCAAGAAUUUGAUUUAGGUACAACUCCAAAUAAAGCUAGAAGACUUGAAAUUGCUGCUAAAGUUCAUAUGACUGAAAAAGCAGUUCAAAUUUGGUUUCAAAAUAGAAGACAAAGUAUAAGGAAACAACUGAAUAAUGAAAGAGAAGUUACUGAAUUACCUUCCAUUCCAAUUCAUCAACAUCCUCAUCAUCAUUUAGCUCAUUUACCUCCUCCUCCAUCUGCUACCAUGUCAACUCAUGCUUUAAUAUCUUCUACUCCAACUAAACCUGUGAUAGCUAAAUCUCAUUCAUAUGUUGAUAGUCCAAAUUCAAGAUUACCAACUUCUUCCCCUAUUAAACAAAGAUCAAGUUCUAUUCCAGUUCUUUCUCAUCCUCCUACAACUGUUAAUCCUAUACAAUCCAAUGAUGAUGAUGAAGCCAAUUCUUCGAUUGAUGAUUCCAUGAUACUUCAUAAUCAUCAUCAAACUCAAAGAAUGGGAACUAUGUUUGUCUUAAAUGAAACUAAAAAGAAACAACCAUUACAAUUGAAUUCGAUUAAUUCAAGUACAAUGACAUUUAAAUUAAUUCCUUCUAUAACAUCUCCAACUACAACUGUUCAUGUGCCUGGUGCUACAUUACCACCAGUUUCAAGUUUAAAACCAUCACCAACAACCACCACCACCACUACAACUACAUCUAAAGCAUCUAAUAUUCAUAAUAUUUUAAAUAGUAAUGAGGUUAGAAAACCAUUAGGACAAUUGAAUUCAAAAGUUUUGAAUCGUUUAAAUACAGUUCAAAGAGGUGAUCAUCAAAAAUCUUUAAAACCUCAUAAUGAAAGCAGCAACGUUAUGGAGAAUAAAGAAUGUGCUGAGAAUUUAUUAUCAUUAAGAUUAGCCAAUUAA